AUGGCUGACCUGGAUCACAGCCUCAGUCUGGCGGACGCUCUGUCGGAGCCACCUCACGAGAUUGAGGAAGAAGUGAAAAGGGACUUCAUUGCCACGCUGGAAGCAGAGAAAUUUGAUGAUGUGGUUGGAGAAACAGUAGACAAAACAGACUAUGUUCCACUGCUGGAUGACGAUGACGGGGCAAAACCUGGAAGUCAGGAACCCAAGAGCAAAGCCCACACGGAUGGUAUUCAGGUGGAACAUACUUCAGCUUCUGGGCCAACAGUGGUAGAAAACGGUGACCAUGGACUAGAAGAUCACCGCACAGUAUUCCCAGGAGCAAUCAUGGAUGAAAAGCUGUCUUACAAAGAAUAUCUCGAUCGCAAAGAGUCCUGGUCGACAGAUGAGAGAGACCUGUGCUUCGACUCGCAGCCUGUGUUCAAACCCAUGGAGAUGGCUGAUCCCUUCAGCAUGCACAGAGGGGAGAAUCUGCCUGAGUUAUCGUUCCCUACUGACAUGAAGAAUGUGCCACUGUUCCCAGGCCAUGUUGAUGCUUCGAGAGACAUCAUUGCACCACAUGGAUCUAUGAUGGUACCUGAACAGCCUUUCUUGGGGCCCCUGUAUUCUCCUGCAGAGGCUCUAGACCCAUCAGCCUUCAUUGGCCUGGAUUCAAGCACAGAAUUCAUGCAAGGCAGAGCAGGUCCUGAAGAAUAUUGGAUGGGAGCUCAGCAGGACAUGAAGGGACCAGAUGCCUCUUUCUUUGUUGAGCCACCAGGUGCAGCCUCUGUUCCUGCCUCCGAUGUCAUGCCCAUUCCUGCAGAAAAAGCUGGGUCUGUCCAUGCAGGCGACACCAAAUCUCCUUCCCAAGCUCUGGAUGCUGGAUUUGCACCUUCACCCACAGCCAACCCUUUCCAGGCCACGGAUGUUGGGUUUUCUCCUGCACCUGAAGCCAAGCCUGCCAAAGCUGCCAAUGACACAUCCACCCCAGGGGCAGAUCAUGGCUUCACCCCUGCAGCAGAUGCUACAUCCCAUCAUGGUAUGGAUUUGGAGUUUGCCCCAGCAGAAGAUAAUAAACCUCACCACACUGUGGGUUCUGAGUUUGCCCCAGCAGCAGAUAGUAAACCUCACCGCGUUACGGACUUUGAGUUUGCCCCAGCAGCAGAUGCAGAGUUUGCCCCAGCAGCAGAAGUCAACCAUCACCAUGCCAUGGAUUCUGGGUUUGCUCCUGCAGCUGAAGCCAAGCCUUGUCCUGUCAUGGAUUCUGGAGUUGCCUCUGCAGAAACUCAGCCUCUCUCUGCAACUAACAUCAAGAUUGUUGUGUCUGCAGACCUGGUGACACCUGAGUCUUCUCUUCAGCAAGACAAGUCACCCUUUGACAAGUCUCCUGCAGAAGCAAUGGCAAAGGUGGAACAAAAAUCAAAAUCCCCCGAAGCUUCUGUGGAUCAUUUUAAGGAUAGCAAACCCCCUCCCAGCCCCUGUGACGAGCACCUUCCUGGACAAACCAACCACCUCUGGGAACCAGCAGUUCCAGCAGAAGCAAAGGAAGCUGUUGCACUAGAAAAUAAAGACCUUCCAGAAAAAACUGGUUCUGCUGUGGGUGUUGAGACACAAAAGGAGGAGGCUGAGCACAACCAUGUCCAACACGAAGAACCUCAGCAAGGGAAAGCUCUGCAAGAGCCCACAGCUAAGCCAGAGGAGGCCAAACCAGUUGAAGCUGUGACAGGGAACGACAUCACUGCUCCUCCCAACAAGGAGCUUCCCCCCAGCCCAGAGAAGAAGGCCAAGCCUGCCGCAUCCACCUCCUCUCCAAAGCCCGCAGCAGCGAAAGCCAAGCCCCAGGCCACCACCAGCCCCAAGCGGCCAAGCUCAGCCGCCUCAGGGGCAAACAAAAAACCCACGAGCCCUACUGCAGGUCCUACUUCAGCCACCACCACUACCAAACGCCCAGGCACCAGCACCACACGUCCCUCCACCCUAACUGCAAAAGAGGCUAAACCAAAGGUUACAGAUGCAAAGCCCACGGAGAAGAAGACCUCACUCUCAAAAUCUACAUCCUCUACCACUCCUAAAACUCCUUCCAAGAGCACCUCUGCUGCUCCCAAGACAACAGCAGCAUCGCCUGUCACAGCAGCUGGUGCUGCCAAAACCACCACGGCUUCUCCUCCAAAGAGGCCAACAUCCAUCAAAACUGACACGAAGUCCACGGAUGCCAAGAAGACCUCUGCAAAGUCACCAUCAGCAGACUCGAGCCGCCCUAAGAGUGCUACUGGCAAUGCCACCAAAAGCAGUGCCACCACUCCUUCCACCACCGCCUCCAGUGCUCCCAGUGUCCCUGGCGUGGCCAAGCCCAAGCCCAAGCCUGCUGCAACCAAAUCCGCCACGGCCUCAACCGCAUCAGCAGAUGCUAAAAAAACCACUCCCAAGGCUCCGACUAAACCCAGCACCGGUUCCAAGCCUCCUCGCCCCACCAGCAGUGUCUCUGCUCCAGAUCUGAAAAAUGUACGUUCCAAAAUUGGAUCAACAGAUAACAUUAAACAUCAGCCUGGUGGAGGAAAGGGGAAAAUGGAGAAAAGGCCAGAAUCAGCCGCCGCCACGCAAAAGUCUGAGCCCAAUGCGGUCACUAAAGGGGCUCCUACUAAAACAUCUGUAUCAAAAGAGAGUGUCCCCAAACAGCCCAAUGGGAAAGUCCAGAUAGUCUCCAAAAAAGCGAACUACAGCCAUGUUCAGUCCAAGUGUGGUUCCAAGGACAAUAUUAAGCAUGUCCCUGGAGGUGGGAAUGUGCAGAUCCAGAACAAGAAAGUUGACCUUUCCAAAGUGUCCUCCAAGUGUGGCUCUAAAGCGAAUAUCAAGCAUAAGCCAGGAGGAGGAGAUGUCAAAAUUGAAAACCAGAAACUGAACUUCAAGGAGAAGGCCCAAGCCAAAGUGGGUUCUCUGGACAACGUGGGACACUCGCCAGCAGGAGGAACAGUGAAG